AUGCACACUGUAUCUCUUGCCGCCUUUUCCGCUUUGUUGAUAUGUCUUGCGUUUGCCGUCAAGAGAUGGGGACGGAGAGCUCUCAGAAAUGGUCUUCCACUUCCUCCUGGUCCGAAGGGUCUUCCUUUAGUAGGCAAUCUUCUUGACAUAAACUUUGCUGCACCGUGGACAACGUACGAACAAUGGGGAAAACGGUAUGGCGGAAUCUCAUAUUGUACUGUACUUGGCCAGGGUUUUGUUAUCAUCAAUGAUGAGGAAAUAGCUCAUGAACUGAUUUUGAAACGGCCGUCGAUCUAUUCUGAUCGCCCACCCCUAUGUACCAACGAGCUAUUCGGACUGGACUUCAACACAGGCUUUCUCCCAUACGGUGACGAAUGGAGGUUACAUCGAAGGAUGUAUAACGUCGCAUUUAGUCAGCAAAUCACCAAGAAAUACCAACUCGUACAGAUGAGCAAGGUGCACCAAUUACUCGUGAACUUGCUCUCCACACCACUCGACUAUCCAAAUCACUUUGCCACGUUGUCUACUGCCAUCAUCAUGGCAAUCAGCGCGGCUGGUACGGCAACGACAUCUUUUGUGGGUGACUUGUUCGAGAUGGAAAUUGGGAACGAUUUGGUUUCAUUCAAAGACGAAGCUGUAAAGGCAGUAGCGGCCACUGUAUUCCUUGCUGGAGCAGAAACGACGUCAUCCGCACUCCUUGUCUUCCUUCUUGCUAUGGUGUUAUAUCCAGAGACGCAGGUCAAAGCUCAGGAAGAAAUUGAUCGCGUGGUUGGAGAUGCCCGUCUACCCGAGUUCAAAGACAGAGAGCAUCUUCCUUACGUCGAGGCUUUACUUAUAGAGACCCUGCGAUGGAAACCCAUUGUCCCCUUAAUGCUUCGACAUACAACAACGGCAGCAGACGUUUGUCAUGGCAUGUAUAUCCCAAAAGGCAAGCCAUCUCCCUUGACAGCCAUGCUGCAUCUUACCCGACUUCAUUUAGACACAACUGUGGUAGUGAAUUAUUGGGCGAUAACCCGGAAUGAAGUGCGUUACCCAAAUCCCGCUGCCUUCAAUCCUGAAAGGCACCUGACCGCUGGUGGAACGCUUGCUGAAGGCACAGCCCCACCAUAUUUUGGCCUCGGUCGUCGCAUAUGCCCCGGUAAGUAUGUCGCAGAACAGAGCAUUUGGGCAGCGAUGGUGUCUAUCCUUGCCACCCUACGCAUUGGGAAGGCUCGAGAUGACGCUGGUCGCGAAAUCGACUUCACUCCCGUGUUCACAACAGGGAUGACUUCACAUCCUAAACCCUUCCGUUGUUCUAUAGAAGCACGGUCGCCUAGGGCUGCAGAAUUGAUCUAUGCUAGCAUCAGUGCGAAUUGACUGCAUCUAGCAAUUGGAUAUCUUGUGUCUGGCAGUUUGGUUGAUUGUAUAACAAGCAAUGUGUACCUACGUGAUGUACCAUCUAAGAUCAUUUGGUUUUUUUGGCGAUAGCCCCUAAAACAGAAAUGGAGCGUAGGAUAGAACCAGUGCCGUUGAACAUUCUCGGCUGUAUCGGAGGAACCCCCCGUGAUAUGCAGUGUAGGAUAGCAUUGAACC